AAAUUCAAAACAGCAAAAUUCAAUUAAAACACAAUUCAUUCAUGACAGAAAGAUACAAACAGCUUAGCAAGUCCAAACCGUUCUUGUCUUGAACCAUUUUGCUCAUUCUCUACGUCACCUCCUCUCUUCCCCAGCUGUACAUCCCACCCUUCUUCCUUCCUCUGGCCGCCCUAUAAUUAAAUUUCUCUCCCUCUGUCUUCUUCUUCUUCUUCUUCUUCUUCUUACUUCUUUACCUCGGAGCAUCAGAAACAAAAGGAAACAAUUAUCACCGUCUCCGCCAGUAAACCUGACCUGCAUUUUUCAUUCAAGUUUCAACCAUAUCAUAGCGUCAAAAGGUUUGAAUUUUGAACCGUCUUCAACUAUAGCCAUCCCCGUUUGACAAAACCUUUCCCAUAAAAUACACCACAUCAUCUCUGUACCUGCACAUCCAAUCUUUCUCUAUCCACCAGAAAGCCACCACCCACAGCCCAAAAUCACAAUGCUUCCCUUCUUAUUCUUCAUUCCCUCUCUAUCCACAGCACUUCCAUACAUAGUUUCAUUUGUUCUUUUCCUUCUUUUUUUUGAGCAGAUCUCUUACCUGAUAAAGAAACGCCAAGCUCCUGGCCCGUCUCUUGUAUUUCCAUUUCUUGGCAACGCAAUCUCCUUGGUUAGAGAACCCGCCAAAUUCUGGGACGCUCAGUCUGCUCUCUCUUCUGGGUUUGGUUUCUCUGUUAACUAUAUCAUCGGGAGGUUCAUUGUCUUCAUUCAGGACACCGAGCUCUCCCAUCAUGUUUUUGCAAAUGUGAGACCCGACGCUUUCAUGCUUGUUGGUCACCCUUUCGGUAAGAAGCUAUUUGGAGAGCAUAAUUUGAUUUAUAUGUUCGGCCAGGAUCACAAGGAUCUUCGCCAUCGGAUUGCCCCCAAUUUCACUCCAAGGGCUCUCUCCACCUACUCCGAGCUCCAGCAGAUGAUCAUUCUCAAGCAUUUGAAGAAAUGGGAGACAAUGGCUAAGGAGAACCCCAAUGAACCCAUCUCCCUGCGUCUGUUGGCUCGAGACAUGAACCUUGAGACUUCGCAGACUGUAAUGGCUGGCCCCUACUUGACCCCUGAAGCUCGAGAGAAGUUCAAGUUUGAUUAUAAUUUAUUCAAUGUUGGCACCAUGAAGCUCCCUAUUGACCUCCCCGGAUUCGCCUUUCGAAACGCCAGGCUCGCCGUUGACCGUCUCGCCCAAACUCUAGCCGGAUGCACUGCACAGAGCAAAACUAGAAUGGCGAACAACGAGGAGCCGACUUGCUUAGUGGAUUUCUGGAUGCAAGAAACGGUCAGGGAAAUCUCCACCGCGAAAGAAGCCGGCGCACCUACACCGCCUUAUACCAGCGAUGCCGAGAUCGGUGGCUACCUGUUCGAUUUCCUCUUCGCUGCUCAGGAUGCUUCCACUUCUUCGCUUUUAUGGGCAGUGGCCUUGCUGGACUCCCAUCCCGAUGUCUUAUCUAGAGUUCGAGAAGAAGUUACUAGCAUCUGGUCGCCGGAGUCGAAUAAUCUGAUCACUGCAGAGCAGGUCAGGGCGAUGAAGUAUACACAGACAGUGGCGCGUGAGGUUAUAAGGUACAGAACGCCAGCUACAUUGGUACCACAUGUCGCCGUGAAGGACUUCCCUUUGACGGAGUCAUACACAAUUCCCAAAGGGACAAUAGUGUUUCCGUCGGUUUACGAGAGCUCGUUCCAAGGUUUCAUCGAAGCAGAACAGUUCGACCCGGACCGGUUCUCUGAGGUCCGGCGGGAAGAUCAAUUGUUCAAGAGGAACUUCCUGGCAUUUGGCGCGGGAGCCCACCAGUGUGUGGGCCAGAGGUACGCUCUGAAUCAUCUGGUGCUAUUCAUCGCCAUGUUCUCUACAUUACUUGAUUUCAAGCGCCACCGAACGGACGGGUGCGAUGAUAUUGUUUACAAUCCAACAAUUAGUCCAAAGGACGGAUGCACAGUAUUCCUCUCUAGACGUUGCACACAAUUUCCCAACUUCUGAACGGAAUGACGAAAAUGCCAAGGGGAGAUAUGUGGUCUGGUCAAACAAUGGUGGGUUUUAUCCUUUUUUGGUUAUAAAUGUUAUUAAUUUGUACCUUCUUUUAGUGUGUGAAUGUGUAUAGAUGUGAUUGAGGAUUAGGAUUCUUUUGAUUAAUGGCAUGCGGGAACAUUGAUUGGUGGGAAAAUUAGGGUUUUGGUCUGAGUGGGAAUCGAAAUAAAUCAGUGUGCUGUGGAUUGGGUUAUAUUAAAAACAUAUUUGUCUUUUUGGUCAAUUUGUGUGUUAAAAAAUAUUAAAUUUGGUGAGAUUGGAUAGUCUGCUAGUCGGCAACUGUCUUCACCUUUGGCUGUCUGUCACACCAAUAGAAGUUGACAAUACUUUGUUCCGCGUUCUCUGAGACAGUAAUAAUCCGUAGGAGGAUGAUUAAACA